CAGGGCUGUAUCUGUAUCUGUCUCACUUUCUCCCGAUAUUAGGGGUUUGGUUUUUUUUUUCAUUAAUCGAGAAACUUCAACUAAUUGACCAGGGCUGUAUCUUUUUCAUUAAUUGAUUUUCAUCCUUUCAUUGUUAGUCGCUCUACAACUUGUUUGAUUCUCUAUGGAUUUCUCACUAUAAUUUUCCGCUAAACUUCAUACAGACACAGAAUUCGUAAACCUUCCUCGAAAGGGGAGCGUAAGUGUAGUUGACAUCGCGGGAAAUUGAUUUUAUGGAGAAGGAUGAUGUGAUGUUGGAUUUGGAUAAAAAAAAUGGAAACAUCUUCGAGGUGAUGUGACACCAAUCAGUUGUAACAAAAAAAUCAAGGUUCUUUAGGAGCUUCUUUGGUGCAAGUGUGCAAGUAUCUUAUUUCAUACAGAAAUUGCAACAUGUGCUGAUACUUAAUUGUAGUUGGUCUGGACUAUAUGAGCGAGAGUUAUGAAGUUUGAGGAAUUGGUUUCACUAGGAAGUAGCUUUCUUGUUGGGUUGCACCAACACUUAGAGUUUCUUCGAAGACAUCCAAUAUAUAAAACGUCUGAUGUGGUCGAUGGUAUCAUAAAGGCUAAUGAGACCAAAAGGUUGAAGGCAUAUCUUAAAUCUGGUUGCAUAAAUGUUGAUGAAGGUGUCCAAAGUGUAAACAAGUUAAAUGAAUGCCAAAAAGGACUCCAGGAGCAUAUGAGCAAAUUGAGAGUAUUGCUUAGCGAAGUUGAAAGCCUAAUGACUGCUGUACAAGAAGUAUUAAGGUCUAUCAGUGAAAAUAAAUUUAGUUACAAGGGUCAGCAUGCUGUUGGUGGUUUUUUGAUUCAUCGAGAUGAAGUUGAAAAGGAAGAAAUGGAGUCUAUUCGUCCAAGAAGACCCAGUAUAUCAGAUUAUGCCACUAUAAUGUGUUCCAUUUAUAAUAUGUUGAAGCAAGACUACGCAAUGCAGGAAAAGAUUACUUCCUCUAUAGAAAUCUGCCAUCCAUCAUCAGAGGAAUUGGGGAGCUAUUCAACAAUGUGGACUUUGCGGCCCUACAUACAGGAUGAAAUCAUCUCGGAGGCUUGGAAACUCAUUACCUGACAUACAGAGUCGUUACUGUAUAUAUACUACUAGGGUAUAACCCUUGUGCCUAGUAUCAUAUCGAAACCCUGCUAUCUUAAUUGCCCCACUGCCAGAUCCAACACCGCUCAACCCACUAUACAACUAAUCUACCACAAAUCUUUACGGCGGCGGGGAUUGAACCUCUGACUUCCUCCUUACUGGAGUUGAUGGGAUAUCACUGAGCUAUGCUCUUGGACCCGUUUCUAGAUGAGCACGGAGUUCCCGAUUUUGAUUUUUUUUUAAUGAAGAGUUAACUUUCCUUAUCUUUCAUUUUGAAAAAAAUUCCCUUGGAAUUUAUUGUU